ACUUUCCAUUUAUGGAAAAUCAACAACAGCAGCAGCGCCAGCUUCAGCCUGCCAUCAUGAAAUCAAGGUUCAGACGUGUCUGUGUUUUCUGUGGGAGCAGCCCCGGCAAGAGCCCUAACUACCAGAUUGCUGCUAUCCAACUCGGCCAACAACUGGUGGAGAGGAACAUUGACUUGGUCUAUGGAGGAGGGAGCAUUGGCUUGAUGGGUCUGGUCUCCCAAGCUGUGCAUGAUGGAGGUCGCCAUGUCUUGGGAGUAAUUCCCACAAUUCUCAUGCCAAGAGAGAUAACAGGAGAGACUGUGGGAGAACUACGAGCAGUGUCAGGCAUGCACCAACGCAAGGCUGAAAUGGCUCGUCAAGCCGAUGCUUUCAUUGCCUUGCCAGGUGGGUAUGGCACCUUGGAAGAACUAUUGGAAGUCAUCACUUGGGCUCAACUGGGAAUCCAUGAUAAACCGGUGGGCUUGUUAAACGUGGAUGGAUACUACAACUCACUCCUCUCAUUCCUAGACAAAGCAGUCGACGAAGGAUUCAUAACUCCCACUGCCCGAAACAUUAUCGUCUCUGCUCAAACUGCCCAAGAACUCAUGCACAAGCUUGAGGCAUCUUUUGUUGUUACAAAUGAAAUUGAAAUAAAUGUUAAAAGUUGAAUAUAAUAUUAUUUUAAUAUUAUUUGAAAUU